AUGGCGACAGAAGGAACCUUUUCGACGGCUGCAGGGGCAAACACCAAGCUAGAGGAGCUUAUGCUAUCUCAUGCCGAUGAAGGCACGCUCCAGGAUAUCUCCAUCUCGAACGCACUGUCGACCGAUGCUGAGAAGACUGAAAAGGGGUAUUUCACGAGUCUCCGGUUGAUUGGGGCCAUUUUUUCCCUGGGCAGUGCCGUCGCCGUCAGCUAUUGGGGAUUCGCUCCCCCAGCGGCGGUCCUGACGUUUAUCAACGCAGAUAUCGGACCGAGUAACAAUGCUAGUUUGUUCUCCAUCAUCUGGACAAUCUCUUGCGGCAUCGGCACCCUUCUCUUUGGCAGGAUCUCGGACAAGUUUGGGCGCCGUUGGUUUGUUAUCGGAGCGUCCUCAAUCGGUCUCAUUGGAGGAAUUAUUGCGGCUACGGCUCAGACGAUGAAUACCUUGAUCGGCGCCAGUGUCUUAAUGGGGCUUGGAGCCGGCGUACACACCUGCUAUGGUCUGACUGUUGGCGAGAUCUGUCCCAAUCGCUUCAAGUUCCUGGGUGUUGCAUUUGCCUGCCUUCCCAAUAUCGUGUCCACUGGUUUCGGGCAGUACCUGGGUCUUCGACUCGUUCAAUAUUACAAUUGGAGAUACAUCUACUACAUCUUCAUCCCCCUCAUGGUCUUCGUCUUAGCCCUACAGAUUCUCUUCUACCGGCCACCAAGUUUCCAUCAGUUACACCGUGGCACACGCACGAGACGGGAAGAACUCAAACGGGUCGACUUCCUGGGAUGCUUCCUGAUUGUUGCCGGCCUCGUGCUCUUUCUAUUGGGCGUCUCAUGGGGCGGUCAGCCUUUGUCGUGGACCUCCGGAACUAUUCUGGGACUUAUCAUCACUGGAGGUUGCGUGGUGAUCGUAUUCGUCUUCUGGGAGGCCUAUGGACCCCAUCCAAACCCAAUCGUCCCGGUCCAUUUCUUCAAAGAUCUCCGCGGAUUCGUCUGUCUGAUCAUUAUCGAGUCUGUGGCAGGGACCGCCUAUGUCGCGCUUAGCAUUAUCUGGCCAUCACAGGUCCAACGGCUUUAUAGCUCUCCUACAACCAGCUGGCAGACCACCGCGUGGUUAUCGACAACCAUCGCUUUGGGCAUCUAUUCGUCCAUUGUCUUAUGGGGAGCUCUGGUCGCGAUCCUAAAGCACAUCCGACUCCAGCUCAUCUUCCUCAUGUCCAUCAUGUUGGCUUUCAUCGGGGCUAUGGCGUCUUGCACCCCAAACAACCUGGGCCGCGCCGCCGUGCUCUCCGUGUUUGCCUCUUUCCCUGCAGGUAUUCUGGAAAUCAUGCCCAGUCUGCUCGUGCAGAUGGAGACCAAUGACGCAGAUCUCGGGACGACAUUUUCGAUCCUAUAUGCAAUGCGCCCCAUCGUCGGCGCCAUCAUGACGGCAGUCUACCUCGCCAUUCUCAGCAGCAAGACCACCUCCAAGCUCGCGGCCCACAUUCCACCCGUGGCCACCCAGGCCGGCCUGCCCGAGACGUCUGUGUCUUCUCUCCUCGCAGCCAUCGCUGCAGGCACUCCAGACGCAAUGGAUGCGGUCCCCGGCAUCACCGCCACGAUCCGAGAGGCCGUCGCCGCCGAGCUCCCCUGGGCGUACGCCGCGGCCUACGCGUACGUGUAUUACUCGGCCAUCGCGGUCGCGGGCGUCGGCCUGAUCGCCUGCUUCUGCGUCAAGGACUACGACAAGUACCUGACCAACCACGUGUCGCGCCAGAUAUACAAGCCCGGCGACGACGCAAAGGGCAGUGGCAGCGGCGACAGCGAGAAGAACCAAGACCUCGAGGUCUGGGAGAAGGAGGAUGGUGCCGACCCGAACAAAGGGACGGCCGAACAUGUCACGUCGAUUGACGAGGACGACGUGAGCAAGACGACCGGGGUGUAG